ACUGCGGCAUUCCCUCAAAAAAGCAUCAUCAUUGCCUGGCAUAGAAGCAAAAAUUCAACCAAAUAUCAGCUUUUACCUUGCUUGUUAAUUUAAACAAAAGAUGUCCUCACGCUACGAUCGUGCUGUUACCAUCUUCUCCCCCGAUGGCCACCUGCUGCAGGUGGAGUACGCUCAGGAAGCCGUCCGCAAGGGCUCAACAGCGGUCGGCGUUCGCGGUGCCAACUGCGUGGUGCUAGGUGUCGAGAAGAAGUCUGUGGCCAAGCUGCAGGAGGAUCGCACUGUGCGCAAGAUCUGCAUGCUGGACCACCACGUUGUGAUGGCCUUUGCCGGCUUGACGGCCGACGCUCGCAUCCUGAUCAAUCGUGCACAGGUUGAGUGCCAGAGUCACCGCUUGAAUGUCGAGGAUCCGGUGACCCUUGAGUACAUCACCAGAUAUAUCGCCCAGCUGAAACAGAAGUACACGCAGAGCAAUGGCCGUCGUCCUUUCGGCAUCUCCUGCCUAAUCGGCGGCUUCGAUUCGGAUGGCUCUCCACACCUGUUCCAGACUGAGCCAUCUGGCAUUUUCUACGAGUACAAGGCCAACGCCACUGGCCGCUCUGCCAAGACUGUGCGCGAGUUCUUCGAGAAGGCGUACCGUGAGGAGGAGGUGAGCUCUGAACGUGGAGCCGUCAAGCUGGCCAUACGCGCUCUCCUCGAAGUCGCCCAGUCGGGACAGAAUAACUUGGAGGUGGCCAUCAUGGAGAAUGGCAAGCCCCUCAAAAUGCUGGACAGCACAGUAAUUGCGGAUUAUGUGAAAAUAAUCGAGAAGGAGAAGGAGGAGGAACUCGAGAAGAAAAAGCAGAAGAAGUAACACAGCUUCGAUGGCAAACCGCGUUUUGAAGUGUUUUCCAAGUCGAGCACGUUGCAAAUUGUGUCCGCUCUGUUCGGCCAACUUCCUUCCUUCCGCCUGUGCACCGUUUAUAAACCUUGCCUCCUGACGCUAGAGUUUGGUAGACGGCUAAUGGCUUGGAAAACGCUUCAAAUUCAUGUUUCGGAAAUCCGAAAGUGCAUUUUCUUAAAUUUAUAAUUUUUUUAUUCUUCGGAAUGUUGUAAAAUGGUUCGAAACUAUUUGAUUUGUAUAAAAUACAUACAUAGUCAACCACCACA